GUGGGAGCCGAAUGAGAGGGGCCAUUUUGACUCUCUGGUCAAAGGAAAUGACUGGAUUGCCGUGUGCUGAGAGCCUGGACAGCCAGGAUCUAAGGAUAAAUCCUGGGGCUAUGGUGGUCUUGAUUCUCACAGAGGACCCUGAAGUUUCUGCAGUCUAAGCAAUGUCAGGUGCCGCUGGAUUUGUUCUGAGACCCUUACCCUAGAGGAUGGCCAAGGGACUUCUGAUUACCUAUGUCCUCUGGGCUGUUGGGGGUCCUGCUGGGCUACACCAUCUAUACCUGGGAAGGGACAGCCAUGCCCUACUCUGGAUGCUUACUCUGGGGGGUGGUGGAUUGGGUUGGCUAUGGGAAUUCUGGAAGCUUCCAAGCUACGUAGCUCAAGCCAACAAACUCCAGGGGCAGAAGCAGAGCCCAGGAAAGGGGACACCUCCCCUCAGUCUUAUUCGCUUUACUGCCCAGAUAAUAGUGGGCAUCUAUUUUGGCCUUGUGGCUCUGAUUAGUCUCUCUUCCAUGGCCAACUUCUACAUUGUCGGUCUCCCACUGGCAAUUGGCUUAGGAGUCUUGCUGGUGUCUGCUGUUGGCAACCAGACCUCCAACUUUAAGAAUACUCUAGGGGUAGCAUUCCUUACUUCCCCUAUUUUCUAUGGCCGUCCCAUAGCCAUUCUACCCAUCAGCGUGGCUGCCAGUAUCACAGCCCAGAAGCAUCGCCGCUACAAAGCUUCAGUGGCAUCAGAGACGCUUAGUGUGCGGCUCUACCGGCUAGGCUUAGCUUACCUCGCUUUCACUGGACCCCUGGCAUAUAGUGCCCUGUACAACACAGCUGCCACUUUCAGCUAUGUAGCAGAAACUCUUGGCACUUUCUUGAGCUGGUUCAGCUUUUUCCCCCUUCUUGGCCGACUCCUGGAGACUAUACUCCUUCUGCCUUACCGGAUCUGGUGGCUAUUAGUAGGAGAUCUUGGCUUCAAUAGUAGCUACUUCCAGGAGUGGGAGAGGCUCCAUGAGUUUGUUCACAGUUUUCAGGAUGAGAAGCGGCAGCUGGCUUACCAGGUUUUGGGCCUUUCAGAAGGGGCAACAAAUGAAGAAAUACAUCGGAGUUACAGGGAGCUAGUAAAAGUCUGGCACCCUGACCACAAUCAGCACCAGAAGGAUGAGGCCCAGAGGCACUUUCUGGAGAUCCAGGCUGCGUAUGAAAUCCUGAAUCAGCCCAGGAAAUCCAGGGGACCCAGGAAGUGAGGAAAAAUCUUCCCUCAGAGGAUGGACUUCUAGCAGAUCCAGGGCUGAGGACCAAACCCAGGGCCUUGUGCUCGCCAAGCGGGAGCCCUUCCACUGAGCUAAACCCCCAGACCCUUAGUUAUUGUAUUCUUGAUCAUAUUUUCUUAAAAAUAGAAAAUUAAAGGCAUAUUAUAAAAACAAAUAAAAUAACUUUGAAACUAUA